AUGAUGGUGUUGAAGUCCCCAAAACCAAACCGAAAACGUUUCAUGCUUUCAUGUUUCAUAUCAAUCUUCUUCCUAUGCAUACUAGCUUCCAUCAACGAAUUUCGCUUCAAGAAUCUUCCAACAUUCGGUCGAUGUAGCACUCUCUCAAACAAAACAACAAACACUUCCUCUCCAUUUUCAUUUUCGAACCAACAACAACAACAAGACAUUAGGAUCCUCAUCGGAGUCCUCACACUUCCCGACCAGUACCUCCGACGACACUUCCUCCGUCUGGUAUACAGUACACAAAAUCCCGAAAAUGCGAAAAUCGACGUCAAAUUCGUCUUCUGCAACCUCACAAAAGAAGAUCAAAAAACAAUAAUCGCAUUAGAAAUCAUGCGUUACAACGACAUCAUAAUUCUCAACUGUACAGAAAACAUGAACAAAGGAAAAACCUCAUCAUUCUUCACAAGUUUACCAGAAAUCUUCAAUGAAACAGUAAAUGGACCAAACUACCCUCCUUACCAUUAUGUCAUGAAAGCAGACGAUGACACCUACGUUAGACUCAACAGUUUGGUGAAAUCGUUGAAACCGUUACCGAGCAAGGAUUUAUACUAUGGAUUCGUGAUACCGUGUGGAAGCAUGGACCCUUUCAAACACUACAUGUCUGGGAUGGGGUUUUUAGUUUCAUGGGAUAUUGUUGAGUGGAUACACGGUUCUGAUAUUCCCAAGAAACACGUGGAGGGUCCAGAAGAUAAGGUGUUUGGUGAUUGGAUGAGAUGGGGUCGUAGAGGAUUGAAUAGGUAUAAUGCGAAAUGGUCUAUGUAUAAUUAUCCUGAUCCACCUUCUGUUUGUAGUCAUGAGCUUGUGAAGGAUACUAUUGCUGUUCAUUUGUUGAAGAAUCAACAGAAGUGGAUAACAACACUGAGGUUUUUCAAUCAUACUGCUCCUUUGAUGGAAUCUAACAUGUAUCAUAUCUGA